UCAUUCUCAUACUGGUGUCACUUGUUUCACCUGCUCUUCUUCUACUAUAUCAAUAAUCUGUUCACAUUCAGCUCUGCUUUAUCUCUCUUCUCCUCUCAGUUGACAUCAUUUUUGAAGCUUUCUGCUCAAUUAUACUUAUCUUGGAUCCCUUUCAUUGUACCUUAACUUCCUAUCGAUAGCAUACCACAAUUGAGGAAAAUUUUGUAGUGUAAAGAAGUAACAAUAUGCGGUGGCUGAGCCUGUCAAUUAAUGUGUUUUGUUGUGUCAUCCCCUUGAACUUAUAUUGCAGGGUGAUCCUUUAAGGCAUUUCUACAGUUAAACCAGAUUUUCUUUUAUUUUAUCAUUCUAUUCCUCUUCCUUUCAACUGUGCCACAGUUAAUUUUGUUGGUUUUUCUUGAUAAAUCUAUAGGAUUAGCUGUAAGAUAGAUAGCCGCGAAGCAAAUUAAAUCCCCUUAGUCUUGAUUUUCAUUCGUUUGCACUUUUUUAUCACUGUGCUCAGUAUAGGUCUUUCCGGCUGCUUUUCUCAUACUGCAAUUUCCACAAGCUUCUCCUUUCUUGUAGUAUCCAUUUUCCCUCCGAGAGCUAGUGUCCUAUUACUCUUGUGCUUCAGAUAUUGUCUUUUGGCAUAGAUUUGAAAUUUCAUUGGAAGGUUAAAAGUAGUUAUGGUGUGCCAAGCCGCAAGCCAAACAAAAUUUCGGGCCUUAAAGCAUGAGAAUGGAAUCACGGGAGGAGCAACCGUUAUAGUUAGGGUUAUAGCAUGCUUUCAACUAUUGCAGAAUUGCCAGGCUGAAUACUUCCGUCAGUUGUUGAAACCUGUGACGUAGAUGAUCUGAGCUCACACCUUUGUUUUAAAUCCAGUUUUAUAGUAUUUUCUUGUUAUUUGCGUACUUAAAGUAAUUUGAGGUGGAAUUUGUACAAUCCAUAACACCGAUGGUAACAACCCGCAAGCUCCAAUAUUACCUGCAGGAUCCUGCAUGGACUUCUCCGAAUUUGAAUUAUGCCACUACACUCCUACAACCUGGGCAUCACCUUGGUGUUCCAACUCUGUAUACCCCUGCCAUAUCUGCUGCAAAUGCAGUUUCUCCUGGGCUUUCGUAUUUUGUUCCCUGUUUGCCUAAUUCUAAGGCAGCCCAGCAGAAUGAGGUCAAUUGGCUGCCAAGCUUAGCUCCCACCAAAAAUGAGUAUCCAAGUGAUACUAAACUCUUUCUUCCUCACUCGACUGGGUUUAAGUCGCCACCAACUGAUGCAUCUGUAAAUUCUCAGAAGAGGUUCCUUAUUUGUGAUCAAUCUGGGAAUCAAACAAGAUUCUUCUUUAGUCAAGGUCGUCCUCCUGAAAAUGAAAACACUACACCAAAAGAAAUGUUUGGUGUUUAUGGUGUGCAUCAAAACGAGAACCUGAAUGCUGUAGUAGAGCAGCGAUCUCAUGUGAAGCCCCUUAUUGAAGAGAAAUUGGAUGGAAGUUGUGUAAAUGGUGAAGAGAGUAAUACGCAUGAAGACACAGACGAAAUCAAUGCCUUGCUUUACUCUUCUGAUGGCAUUGAAGGGGACGAAGAUGAUUAUGUCUGUGGUGAGACUGAGGAUGAUGAAGUAACUAGCACGGAUCGCUCUCCUUGCGCAAACCAAGGGUGCUGCGGCUGCGGUAAGCAUGAGCAACUGUCUGCGGAGCUUACAGAACAAGUUGCCAGUUCUGAUGGCACAUGCAAAAGGCAAAGAUUGCUAGAUGGUGGGUACAAGAAAUCAUCAUCCAUAGAAUCUAGAUGGCCCAAUGAUAACGAGGAUGACGUGGAAUCAAGAUGUCUUAGAGGCUCUCUUCCUCCUAGUGGGAAGGAUACGGCUUCCAAUUUGAGCACUAGGGAAAGGAAAGUCAAAAUUCGUGGGACUUUGAGAGUUCUUCAGAGCUUGAUUCCUGGGAUUAAGAGUAAGGAUCCAUUGUUGGUUAUUGAUGAAGCGAUCGAUUACUUGAAGUCUUUAAGGGGUAAAGCCAAAGCCUCAGGAGUUGAUCUCUCUCGAGAGUAUCCCCCAGACUCUUGUUAAAGAACAGAGUAGUAUCCAACCCCUAAAACAGUAGCAUUAUGGACUUUUGGGGUUGGCUUGGAUAGCCAUAUAUCAUUAUUUGGUUGAAUUAGUUAAACUGUCAGGCAUUUGCCAUCCUCAUCAGUCCUACAGUUCAACAAGUAUCAUGAUCCACUAAAGGAAAAGAUUUAGUGGAUGUCUAUUGAUCUUUUAGUUGCAAGGGGUAGAAAAAAAGGGGAAUGUUUAUGUUGACGAGGAAUGAUGUUUUUUAGCUUUUUUGGUUAAGAAAGUAGAGUUUCAAAGUUCAAAAGAUGAGUGCUGUAAUUGAGGCCUGAGGGACCCUUUAAAAUCUUGAGAAAAUCCAUGGAUUUGAUGCAUGCGCAUUUGGUGAUUUGGGGCCCCACCAUCCACCCUGUUAUGUUUCUUGAAUUGAAGGACUGUAUGUUCUGGUUAUGUCAGGAUCAGUUUGUGCGACUAUUUCACUGGAUACUUGCUAUCUCACACCAGCAUCAACAUAGGCCAGAAUGACUCGCUAUAUUUCACUCAGUACUUGCUAUCUCCCACCGGUAUAGGCCGGAACGUGUAGCUAUGAUGUUUUAUCUUUCUUUUGAUCCCACAAAGGAUAUUGAUGGCAUUUGGUGUUGAAGAAGGCGCAUGGAAAAAGGGGGCCCUGCCCUCUAAGCAAAUCAUGAAAAGGCUGAUGGAAUGACAUGAUCAAAUCUUGUCUUAAAGUUUGAUUUGUUUCCACUUGUGAACUUUGGAGGAUGAGUUGUAGUUGGAGACUCGUGAGUCUUUUCAGCGUGGUGUCUUUUUAUGAGCUUGAUGGACCCUUGUGUUUCAUGCUAUUAUUGCUAUGUCUCUUGUCUUUAUGCUUUUUCUACCUAAAUAUUACUAUAGCAAUAAAAUAUAGUAGAUUGUUUCGAGAUUUCUA